AUGUCCUCAAAACUAGUACUACUGGUGAAUUUAAAUAUUGAAAAGAAACCAGAGUCUCAUGUUCGAGUAUCAUCGGAAUGGACUCAAUGUAAUAUUGCUCCAUCUGGGGAUACCAUUACCAAACAACAAGCUAGCUUGAGAAAAAAAAUUUCGAAACAUAAAGGGAGUCAGCCACAUAUUUCUGCCGAGAGCAUAAUUGAACGUAGUAAGCAAGAAACUUUUGAAUUGCAUGUAUUAAAAACUACAAAAUUGCAAUUUGAAACAACAGAAAAAAUAUUUCGCACCGCCUACUUUAUUGCUAAAAAUCAGCGUCCAUAUGUCGACAUGCCAAAAUUGGUUGACCUACAAGUUUUAAAUGGUAUUUCAAUGGGUAGAGUUUUGCAAUCUGAUAAAUCCUGUGCCACUAUAAUUGAUCAUAUUGCAAAUGAAAUGAGGAUUAAAAUGUUCGACGAAUCAACAACAUUAAGCAAAAAAACAAUGUUGGUAAUAUGUUUAAGGUGUGCCAUUGGAGAUGCUCUUGAAGUCAUGGGCUUUGUAAGCGAUGGAGCAUCUACUAUGUUGGGUAGGAAAGCUGGAGUUGGUGCUUUACUUCUAAACCAUUUUCCUGACCUUAUUGUGUGGCAUUGUUGCAAUCACCGGUUAGAACUUGCCGUAAGCGACACACUGAAAGAAGUAAAUGGUGUCAACCAUUUCCAAUGUUUUUUUGAAAAAUUAUAUUCUCUUUAUCACCAGUCUCCGAAGAAUAUGAGAGAACUUAAUGAAUGUGCAGAAUCAUUAGAACAAAGGAUUUUAAAGAUAGGAAAAAUAUUUACUAUUCGAUGGGUAGCAUCUAGUUAUAGAACGGUUCGUGCUGUAUGGAAUAAUUUUGCUGUCCUACAUAAACAUUUUCUUGAAGCUUCUUUGGAUAAUACAAGAGACACAAAAGAAAGAUCAAAGUAUGCAGGUUUAAAUAAAAUGUUAACGUCCAAUGAUUUUAUACUGAAUCUAGGAAUAUUACUUGAUGCUUUACAUGAGUUGUCUGAUUUAUCAUGUCAACUACAAAACCGAGAUUUGAGUUUGACUUCAGCGCAUACUGUAAUUGAGAGAACAAUUCGUGUUAUUGAAAGCAUGGUUGAAACGGCGGGACCAAAACUUAAAGAAGUAAAUUUAGCGUCUCAGGAAAUGAGUUUUAAAGGAGUAAAACUUACAUUUCACAAAAGCGUUCAAAAAAUCAAUUCUUCUCAAUUUUUUAGAAGUCUUUCAAACAAUCUUAAAUCAAGAUUAUUCACUACACAGUCAUCAAAUUCUUCUAAUAAUGCUUCUUCUAAAUUUCAAGAAGAGUAUGACCAAUUAUUGUCUGACUUAGAUAUUUUUGUUCCCAAAAAUUGGCCCGAUAACUUCAAUAUACAAUAUGGUGAUGAUUGUAUACGCCGAUUGUCUAAAAAAUUUAAAGUUGAUGAGAUCACUUCAGUAAGAGGCUUCCGUCAAUUCAAAGACACAAAAGAAGAUAAUGUUGAAGAUCUUAAACUACUAACUACUGCAAUUAAGUGUAUAGCAAUUUCAUCUUCUGAAUGUGAGCGUUCAUUCAGUUCGAUGAAUGAAAUUGUAUCCCCCAAAAGAAAUUCUUUGGGAUCAGUACAUAUUUCAUCAUUAGUGUUUAUAAAUUGUGUUGGUCCGCCAAUUGACAAGAUUAACACAACAAAAUGGAUUGAAUCGUGGGUGAAGAAAGGCAAACGAACAGCUGAAGAAGAAAAUUGUCCUAAAAGGAUCAAAAUUACUGAAGAAAAUGCAUACAAGUCAUUGUGGAAUUUAAUUAAAGAAUAA